AUGUUCUUUUUUAUCUUGUUCUUGACCGUCUCCACAUCAUUUGUCAAGGGUAAGAUAACUCGAAUUUUUCGUAUUUUAUAAAUCAAAACUAUUUCAAAGCCCCCAAAAACUGAAAGCAAAUGCUGCUAUCUAUUUAUAAAACUAUUUAGCCGACUUCUCGGAGACUGUUAACGACAUCAACCACUUCUUUUCGCCGGCUGCUCUUGACGAUAAAGUCAUGGCCCAAAUUGGAGAGCUUGUCGCUAAAAAUGAAUGGCAAUCUCACGCCAAAAAGUACCUCGAAUCUCUUCCACUCUACUCCGAGUACGCCUGGAAAUUGCAAUUGCCUCUACAGUACGCUCUACCGUAUCUCUGCGAGCCGUGCAGUGUAUCGGCGCCAAUUAUUCAGGACUUCCUGAAAAGCACUGGUCUAGCUUCCCUCGCGGUGAGUUGAGGAAAGAUUUAAAAUUGAAAAUAAUUGUAAAAUACGAAGUAUAUAGUCUUUUGAUACUUUUUUAGUUUGAACUAGCAAUUUGCAACGUUUUCUUUGCCCUGGACAGAUCCGAGCUGGUCCCAGUUUGCGAGGCCUUCCUGGUCGGCCUUGAUGUCUACGCUCGCUAUGCUCCAACUGAAUCUCUCUGCAGCUUCAUUCCGGCUUGUCCAGCCAAAAAUGUUACAAAGAGAAGCGCCCCGAAAUAUAGAAGUCGAUUCGGAGACGACGAGUAG